ACGCGGUACAGCACGCCGGGCCUCGCUCCUGCAGCACUACAACGCCCGGCAUGCCUCGCGCGGGCUCAGGCAAGCGCUUCCGCCUAGACGAGGCGCUCGCUCGUAAACAUCCAGAUCCCUCUUGGAGCGCCGAGUGGGGCCUCGCUGAAUCGAGUCCUCCCAGGGAAACGGGCGCCAUGUCCCUCUCCGAGUGCUACAUCGCGGUGAAGCUGGCAGACCAGCCCCUGGCCCCCAAGUCCAUCCUGCGGCUGCCGGAGACCGAGCUGGGAGAAUGUCCGCUGGGCGGCUGCAGCAUCUCCUACCUGAAGCAGCUCAUCACGGGGAAGCUGCAGGAAUCGGUCCCCGACCCGGAACUCAUUGACCUGAUCUACUGUGGCCGCAAGUUGCGAGACGACCAGACGCUUGAGUUCUACGGGAUCCAGUCUGGCUCCACGGUCCACGUCCUCCGCAAGUCCUGGCCUGAGCCGGAACAGAAGCCAGAGCCGGUGGAUAAAGUCGCGGCGGUCCGAGAGUUCCGGGUCCUGCACACCGCCCUGCAUAGCAGCCCCGUCUUCAGGGAUUCGGUCUUCAAGAUGCUGGGAAAUAAGGAGUCCCUGGACCAGAUCCUCGUUGCAACCCCCGGCCUUAGCAACGACCCCAUUGCUCUGGGUGUCUUGCAAGAUAAGGACCUGUUCUCUGUCUUUGCCGACCCGGCCAUGUUGGACACGCUCAUCCCGACCCAUCCCGCCUUGGUGAACGCCAUUGUCCUGGUCCUGCACUCCGUGGCCGGGAGCACGCCUUUGCCUACGGGGGAGACCUCCUCGCGUGGCAUGGCUUCCAGCUCCUACCGGGACAUGCCGGGCGGCUUCCUCUUUGAAGGACUCUCCGACGAUGAAGACGAUUUCCAUCAGCAGAGCACCCGGACCACCCCUUCCAGCAGCACCUCGGGCUCCCGCCCAGCAUCCCUGGGCUACACCGGGGCAGCCGGACCACGGCCCAUCACGCAGAGCGAGCUGGCAACCGCCCUGGCCCUGGCCAGCACCCCUGAGAGCAGCUCCCACACUCCCACCCCCGGGACCCAGGGGCAUUCGUCUGGCACGUCCCCCAUGUCGUCCAGUGUCCAGUCGGGAACACCCAUCACCAACGAUCUCUUCAGCCAGGCCUUACAGCACGCCCUGCAGGCCUCUGGCCAGCCCAGCCUACAGAGCCAAUGGCAGCCACAGCUACAGCAGCUGCGUGACAUGGGCAUCCACGACGACGAGCUCAGCCUCCGGGCGCUGCAGGCCACGGGGGGAGACAUCCAGGCCGCCCUGGAGCUCAUCUUCGCCGGAGGAGCCCCCUAGCGCCUCUCCCCAUGAGGGAGGCCGUCUUGCGUGGUUCCCGUCCCCCACGCCGCCGGACCUGCCCUUGGAUCUACCCUCCACGCCUGGAGCAGCUCAGGAUCAUUCCACGUCCGAGGACAGCGGCUCAAGGGCCACGAGGAGGAAGGCACUCCUGGCCUUGGGCUGCCUGUUUGGUCAGAAGGCAGCCUCCUCCUCCACCGAGCAGGCAGGCAGGUGGGGCCCGUCGAGACACCCCUCUGGAGAUGAUGAGCUGGCCUGAAGCGCUUGCCAAGAAGCCUGGCCUCCUGCCGUGUCCUAAAGCGCCUUCCCUGGCCCUGGUUGGUUUCCUGCUGCUCCCCGAGGUGCUGCUGCUGCGUUCAUUGGACUCGCUGACCGUUUCAAUAAAUCUGCCCUCCCCAAA